UGAGCCUUUACACCUUGUUUCCUCCUGGCAGGGUGAUAAACGCGGGGAAGAGCCAGCACAACGAGGACCAGGCGUGCUGUGAAGUGGUGUUUGUGGAGAGGAGGCCCAGCCCGAGGGGCCGGCUGCUGUCCAGGGAAGGUGGUGGGGAGCUGGAUGGGGGCAGGAGGGGUUUUUAUUUCCACUACUGGGCCCUGUUUGAUGGCCACGCAGGCAGUGGUGCUGCUGUCAUGGCAUCCCAGAAGCUCCACCUGCACAUCUGCGAGCAGCUCCGGGACCUUGUGGACAUCCUGCGGGACCCCUCCCCAGCUCCCAUCUGCCUCCCGCAUGACGUGAGGGCUGGCACUGUGGAGCCGAGCCGGGUGCCCCUGGCAGAGGAUGACGGGGAGGUGUCCAACGAUGCUGUGCCACGGUUUCACCUGGAGAAAGCGGUUUCUCACGAGAGCCUGGUGAUUGGCGCCAUCGAGAAUGCCUUCAAGCACAUGGAUGACCAGAUCGAGCGGGAGCGAACAUCCCAGCACCUGGCCGGGGGCUGCUGCGCCCUGGCUGCCGUCUACCUCAUGGGCAAGUUCUACGUGGCCAAUGCCGGUGACAGCAGGGCCAUUAUCAUCCGUAAUGGGGAAAUCAUUCCAAUGUCCAGGGAGUUUACUCCAGAGACAGAGAGGCAGAGGCUGCAGUUUUUAGCGUUCCUGAGGCCCGAGCUGCUGGGAAAGGAGUUCACGCACCUUGAGUUCCCCCGCAGGAUCCAGCCCAAGGAGCUGGGGAAGAAGAUGCUGUACAGAGACCAAAACAUGAAUGGCUGGGCUUACAAAAAGAUAGAAGAGGAUGACCUGAAGUUUCCACUUAUCUACGGGGAAGGCAAAAAGGCUCGGGUGAUGGCCACGAUUGGGGUCACGCGGGGCCUCGGAGACCACGACCUCAAGGUGUUCAGCUCCAACAUCCACAUCAAGCCUUUCCUGUCCUGUUUCCCAGAGGUCAGGGUUUACGACCUCACGCAGUACGAGCACUGCCCCGACGACGUUCUGGUCUUGGGCACCGAUGGGCUCUGGGAUGUCACCAAUGACAAGGAGGUUGCUGGUGUGGUGAUGGAUGUGCUGACGAGCUAUGAGCCCAACGACCCGUGCAGGUACACCAUGGUGGCCCAGGAGCUGGUGGUGCGGUCCAGGGGGGUGCUGAAGGAGCGGGGCUGGCGGCUGGCUAACGACAAGCUGGGCUCUGGUGAUGACAUCUCAGUCUUCGUGAUCCCCCUGGGUGGCCCAGGAAACUACACGUGA